AUGGCGAUCAGCUUUUUUGUCGCCUGGGAGCUAUGGGAGCAAUUGACCUUUGUGCUGGCUGGGGCCAUUGUGCUGGUAUUCCUCGCUGGACUCGUCAAGCUUUGGUGGAUGCAGAGGUUCCUCAAGAAACACACAAAACUCGACGAGGAAAAGCAGGUUCGGCAACAGGAGAUGCGCAAGAGUGGGCUUCCUGUCGGCCGACGGGUCGACAUCCCCUUCGGUGUGCGCGCAAUCCAGAGCGGUGUUGAGGUCGACGGCAUUUGGAUUUCUCGUCCUGGAACGCCUGUCGAGUUAGACAGUCCCGGGGCGUCUCCUACGACUCUAGGGCCCGACAGUGGAUUUAAAGGAAAAGAAAAGGUUAGGGUCAGAUCAACAUUGGCCGCUGCCGAUGUCCAAACGACGCCGAAGCAGAGCCCACAGCCUAGUCCUGUUCGCAGCUUGUUUGAACGAAGCAGCACCGAACCGGAGCCGGACUCCCGUAGGGCACCGCCACUGGGACCACCAUCUACUUACCGGCCGAAGCACUCGUCGCGGCGCACGUCGAAUCUCUCAUCCAGCGAUGUCCUCACCACCGACGCACCAGGACAGCAGGAACGCACGGGGAGACCCCUAGUUGAGACCUACGUACCCACGACGUCUUUCUCGAGCGUCUACUCCUCGGCCUCCUCUCACAAUAGGACCACGGUCGAGCGCAGUUCGAGUUCAUCCGAUGAAGGUUUCGGCCAUGCGACGCCGCGCUACACACCCAAUACCCGCACCCGGCCAGUCGUACCACCACCUGGGCAGCGGAGUCCCUUAGAAGACCCGGAGCGUUCACCCCAAGGCGAGUGCUUCUCGGGCACCCAUGCCGAGUCGAGGAGGAACCCGCAUGAAGCACACCAGACCAACAGAGCCUCCGGGCAAUACCCGCAAGCAUCUUCACGACAACCCCUCGCGACCAACAGACCGACCCCGGUCCGCACGUACACUGGCGACUCGCACGCCAACACAUCAUCGAGGAGGGUGAACCCAGGCUUCGAAGUGCUGCCAGCGGGGACUUUUAGUAGAAGCAAUAGCGACGCCGACAUGGAAAGCGGCCAGCCAAGCACGAACAACACCAAUAGGUUCUCUGUAGGUGCGAACAACAGGCUCCAGAGAAAGGGCCGUGAUCGGUCAUCUAGCCGAGAUCCAGCUCAGUGA